AAUAUUUUUGUGGGUUCAUGGCCGGAGAUACAGACAGAGUAAGCAAUUCUGAGGCGCUGAGUAUGUAGCUCGGAGACGUCGCGCCUGCCGACCUCAUACACGCAGUUGCUGGGAUGGUGUUCGGCGACUAAACGCCGAACCUCCAUGUGCGCACUUCUCCUGAUUGGCUCGGCGCUUCAGUCGCCGUCCUAUACAUCACGUCCCUUCCUUCCAGAUAGCUGGUAUCUCGCCACGCAACGCAUCAAUGCCAUCUCUCCUAAGCCGAUUGGAUUGUGGAACUUGAAUAAAUACGCGAUGGCUAGCCUCACAGUGCGGACUUGUGAACGCUGCCACCACAAGAAGAUCCGGUGUCCCGGGUACCCAGAGUGUCAGAACUGCUUGCGUAAUCGUGUCGACUGUAUCCCCUAUCGGCGACAGAGGAAUAAGGACAGUGCAGAGGCUCUAAAGUAUUACAAGCAACGGACUUGCUGGCUCGAGGAGCAGCUCCAGCAACACUUUGACAUAUCAUGUGCAGAUAUCCCAACUGGAACGUCACUGCGUCCGCGCUCAGUGCAACACGCCGGUGACCAAACAGCAGAAUCAGAUGGUCUGCUCCCACUCCCUCUUAACGCCGGUACACAAGAUACCACAGAAGCCUCUGUAGCGACCGAAGGAGCACCGGAAGCUAGCCUUGUGGCUCUCAAUGCAACGGGCGAUAUGAGAUAUCUCGGCCCUUCGAGCGGUAUCUUCUUCGCGCUGUACGCGAACGCAUUUGCACAGCUAUCAAGUCUGGGAAACGAACUUGACAGCGCCAGUUCUAGACCUGCAGCUACCUUCGACGCUCCUCGGGGCGAUGCUGAACCACCACUGCUUUCUUUGGCCACCAUCCAGUUUUUAGUGCGAUCCUAUCGCAUUUGGAUAGAGCCAUUGUAUUCCGUGCUAGACGGAGCGACUCUACAUGAUCUGGUACUAAGAUGCUCUGCGAUGCUAGACUCGGAUAUUUGCACGUCUCAACGAACACCUGAACAGGAUAUGGAACUUCCGAUUUUCUAUCUGGUUCUGGCGCUGGGGGCUGUUAAUCAAGAUAGUACGGUAAGACUACUGCGCAGCGAAAACCUGCAGGUCGCAGACGUAGACUCAGCAGCGUUGUGUCGCAAGGCUUUGAGUUACCUGAACGCUGGGACCAAGUGCCGCGUGCCCAGCAUCCCGUUCAUCAAGAUACUUCUCUUGUUUUCGAUUUACAGUAUGCAUGGGUCAGUUGCAACGAAUCAAUGGCAACUAGUUGGGAGUGCAAUGCGACUGGCCGUUGAACUCGGGAUACACACUUCUUCACGGGAUCCCAGAAUGCCCCAAGUUGCUCAAGAAGAACGGAAGCGGCUCUUCUGGACAGUGUACAGUGUUGAGAUCAGCCUCGCGUAUAAUCUGGGCCGUCCACCCUCAAUCGGGGAAGAGCACAUCACCGUUGGAUUGCCCACACUUACUGAUGCCUCCGCCACGAGCAUUCUUCAUUUCAAACACAGACGUAUACAAAGCCGAAUCGUUGCUAAGGUCUAUGGUGCCAACAGCAGUAUCAGUGGCACAGCAGAAGCCCAGGCGCAGAUCUCACAGUUACAGCAAGAACUUGACGCGUGGAAGGAGGACGUUUUGGGUCUGAGCGGAGACGCCCUGCUUGCUUAUCCUUACCACUUCUGGAUGCGUCUCUAUCACAGCACGACAUUUGUUCUACACCGCACAAGUCCGCUGUGCCCCAAUCCCAUGCGAGUAUCCGUAGACAAGUGUCUUCACUCCGCCGGCGCCUACGUCGAUGCCAUCCUCCGUGUCCUCCAGCACAGUUGUGUCCCUCUGUCGUGGAUGCUUGUGCAGGGCGUUCUUUUCGCCGGCUUGACUAUGUUAGUCACUGCUCGUAUGAGCGCUGGACAGCUCAAUCGCCUGACCGACGUGUCGCUUGUUCUGUUAGAACUGCCCGCAUGGACACGACAGUGCUGCGUUUGCCUCGCGAUUAUGAAUGAACGCUGGAACGAACCUUUACUCUCAACGCUGACGGCGCAAUUUGAGCGCGCAGUCAACGAUACGCUGAGAUUUCUGGCAGAUGUGAUAACGGCGCCGCAAGAAAUCUCUGAGCCAUGGCAGUCAUCUGCGGGGCUAACCCUGGACGGUUGGCCGGUGCAGGAUGGCUCUGAACCGACAGACGGUACAGUAAAUUCGGAGAGCCAUUUUGAACUGAUGAGAGAUGUGAUGGGCUUUGAUCCUGACCAAAACUUCUGGGAUUUGUUGCUUAGGCAUCAAUGAUCAAAUACCAGGCUUAUACAAGAGCAAGUUGGCAUCUAAUAUCAGAAUCCAGGAAGGAGACAGUUUAAUACUAAGACUUA